ACGUCCCCCGGAAGUUGUUCUUCUUCGUGGGAGGAGGAGAGUGUUGCUUAGUGCCACGUUGAUGGAGACCAGUGGGGACGUGGAAAUCUAUCUUGAGUCCGCAGCCGGGACCCGGUAGCCUCCUCUUCUGUUUUUACAGCCGCAAAUCCUUAAGCAGAACCGAAAGGGGAACUUGUACGGGUGGACGGCGUUUGUGUUUGUCACCUAUUUUAUGUGUGCGUUCAUGUAAGAAGGAGCAAAAGAGGGAAGGAUGAAACUUAAAGAGAUCAACCGCACAGCCAUCCAGAGCUGGAGUCCUGCACAGCACCACCCCAUCUACCUUGCAACAGGAACAUCAGCCCAGCAGCUGGAUGCCUCCUUCAGCACCAAUGCCUCCCUGGAGUUUUUUGAGCUGGACUUGACUGAGCCAUCUCUGGACAUGAAGUCAUGUGGCAGCUUCUCCUCCUCUCACAGAUACCACAAACUUGUAUGGGGUCCCUAUGGAAUGGAUGCCCAAGGUCACCCAUCUGGGGUCCUUAUUGCAGGAGGCGAGAACGGCAACGUCAUUCUGUACGACCCUGCAAAGAUCAUCGCUGGAGAGAGCGACGUGAUCAUUGCUGAGAGUGACAAGCACACGGGGCCGGUGAGAGCUCUCGACGUCAACCCAUUCCAGACAAACCUGGUUGCAUCAGGUGGGAAUGAGUCUGAAAUCUAUAUCUGGGACAUGAAUAACUUUGGCUCUCCAAUGACACCAGGACCUAAAACUCAGCCUCUGGAGGACAUCAGCUGUGUGUCGUGGAACAGACAGGUACAACACAUCCUGGCCUCUGCCAGCCCGAGUGGCCGAGCCUCAGUGUGGGACCUUCGCAAGAAUGACCUCAUUAUUAAAGUUAGCGACCACAGCAACAGAAUGCAUUGCUCAGGGCUGGCUUGGCACCCAGAAGUGGCCACUCAGCUGGUCUUGUCCUCGGAGGACGACCGGAUGCCAGUUAUCCAGAUGUGGGACUUACGUUUUGCUACCUCUCCUUUUAAGAUUUUUGAGAAUCACACAAGGGGUGUCCUGGCCAUCGCCUGGAGUCUGGCUGAUCCUGAGCUGCUCCUGAGCUGCGGGAAGGACAGCAGGAUCCUGUGCUGGAAUCCAAACACAGCAGAGGUGCUGUACGAGUUGCCCAUCAGCAGUCAGUGGUGUUUUGACAUCCAGUGGUGCCCCAGGAACCCUGCAGUGCUGUCGGCUGCAGGUUUUGACGGACACAUCGACAUCUAUUCCAUCAUGGGAGGUAGCAACCAGGCACAGAGCCAGAGACACGCUGACCAGAUUAGCAACUCGUUUGGGAACAUGGAUCCUUUUGGGACAGGACAAACUUUGCCCCCGCUGCAGCUACCCAAGACCACUGCCCCUCCAGCUACAAUCAACCCCCUGAAGAAGCCACCCAAGUGGAUCCGCAGACCUGUUGGAGCCUCGUUUGCUUUUGGUGGGAAGCUGGUAUCUUUGGAGAACACAAAGCCGAACCCUCAGCAGCCUCAGCAGCCCACUUCACAUGUUGUUCAUAUCAGCCAGGUUGUUACAGAAACAGCCUUUUUGAAGCGCUCCGAUCAGCUGCAGGCCACUCUGAGUGCAGGCAGCUUUGUGGAUUUCUGCCAGGAAAAGAUCGAUGCAGCUGAAAAUGAGUUUGAAAAGACUGUUUGGUCUUUCCUCAAGGCAAAUUUUGCAAGUGACAUUCGCAGCAAGUACCUGGAACUUCUGGGGUACAACAAAGAGGAGCUAGCCUUAAAGAUUUCAGCAGCACUAGAGGAAAAGCCUGCUGACCCUCCGCAGGUGGAGAUACCUGCUCCAGCCAGCCUGCAGCCUUUAGCAGACCUCAGCCUCGUGCCGCCUGCUGACACACCUGAGGCAGCGUUUGACAUGAUUGCUGCGGCAAACCUUCAGCCAGAAGCCACACUGGUACUAGACUCCACUCCUGAGGCAGCGUUUGACAUGAUUGCUGCGGCAAACCUUCAGCCAGAAGCCACACUGGUACUAGACUCCACUCCUGAGGCAGCGUUUGACAUGAUUGCUGCGGCAAACCUUCAGCCAGAAGCCACACUGGAACUAGACUCCACUCCUGACCCAGAGACUGAAGAGCCUGCAGCAGCAGCAGAUCCAGAGGACGCUCUCACCAGCGAACCAAAAGAAAAUGUGGAUCAAGUUCUCCCAGAGGAGGAAGCAGAGGAAGAGGAGAUCCUCUUGGAGGAGGAGACAACAGCACCAGUGGAGGAGGAGCCCAGUCCUGCUGAGACCUCAGCUCCAGUUGAGGAGCCCACUAAAGUUCCAGCUCCAGCUCCAGUUCCAGCUCCAGCCAAUACAGGAGGAGUCAGUCUCAGCAUCAGUCAAGAUGUGGACGGGCUGAUCACACAGGCCCUGCUGACCGGAGACUUUGAGGGAGCUGUGGAGCUCUGUCUCCAUGACAACCGAAUGGCAGACAGCAUCAUCCUGGCCAUCGCCGGAGGGGCCGAGCUCUUAGAGAAAACCCAGAAGAAGUAUUUUACGAAAACACACAGCAAGAUAACCAAGCUGAUCAGUGCAGUGGUGAUGAAAGACUGGCAUGACAUCCUGAAGACGUGUGACCUGCAGAACUGGAAGGAGGCUCUGGCUGCUGUCAUGACCUACGCUCAGCCUGAGGAGUUCUCGUCCCUCUGUGACCUUCUCGGGGACAGACUGGAGGCAGCAAAGAACGCCCAACUGCAAGCCCAGGCCUGUCUAUGUUACAUCUGUGCUGGAAAUGUGGAGAAACUUGUGACUUGUUGGACCAGAGCACAGAACGGACACUGUCCACUCUCUCUCCAGGACCUGGUGGAGAAGGUGGUGGUGCUGCGGCAUGCAGUAGAGCAGACCCAGCGCUCUGGUCCCACUGCUAUUGGCAUCCUGCUGGCUGAGAAGAUGAGCCAGUAUGCCAACCUGCUGGCCUCCCAGGGCAGUCUGUCCACUGCCAUCACCUACCUGCCUGACAACACCAACCAGGUUGCCAUACAGCAGCUUCGUGACCGUCUCAGUUGGGCUCUGGGGCAGCAGGCGGUGGCUCCUGCAGCUCCGGUACAAACCCAGAGACCUCAGUCUCGGCUGCCCGCCGCCACUCCUGCUCAGCACGGCUCAGCCCUGCCCCGGCAUCCAUUCACCCCGGUCCAGCCCGCCAUGGUGCCUCAGCCCGCUGCAGCAGCUCCAGUACCUGCUGCCUCCGCCCCAGCACAGCCGCAGUAUUACCAGCCAGUGAGGGCUGCCUCCACUGUCACCUCCUGGAGUAACCAAACUCCAACAGCCCUCCCCAAUGUCCCUCCUCCUCUACAAGUAGGCAGCGCCUCAGACCAGCAGGCGGAGCCUUCAAACCCCAUGUACGGGAUGCCACCCUCCGGCACAGCUGCUGCACCUCCACCCUCCUCCACUCCUGCAUACAUGUACUCCCAUCAGUACCAGCCCUACCCCCAGGUCAGCCAGUACCCACCUGGAGCUGGGGGGGCACCUAUCUAUCAGCCUCUUCAGUACUCCUCGGCUGCUGCUCCUCCUGCAGAGCCCCCUGGCUUUCUCUCUCAGUACACACAGCCCCUCCCCCCUCAGCCAGCACCUCCGUUCUAUCCGGGACAACCUCCCAUCAGCCAGUGCCUGUCCUCCUCUCCUCCCUCUUGUUCCCCUUUCUUUCCGACCUCCUCCUCCUCCUUUUCCGCUGCUCCACCCUCCGGAGCGUCUUUCCAGCAUGGCGGGCCGGGAUCUCCUGUGUCGUACAUGCCUCUUCCUCCACCGAGCGGAGUCUCAGGUACACAGCUAGACCCUGACCCCGGGCUGAUCCCCGCCUCGCAGAGAACAGGACCUCAGAAUGGCUGGAAUGACCCUCCGGCCCUGAGCAGAGCAUCAAAGAAGAAGCAGGUUCAAGAGAAUUACACCCCUCCUGCCCCCAUCACUGCUCCCAUCAUGGCUCCGCUGGGCAGUGACCCUCAGGCCCAGCCGGUAUCCUCCGGGGCCCCUCAGGGCAUGGUCCAGGGCCAGCACGGUGCCCAGGUACCCUACUCAGGCAUGCACCAUCAGCAGCUUUCCCCUCCACCCAUGAACCCUGCAAUGCCCAAGACCAGUAUGGAGGGGGCACCAGGAGCACCUACUGGAGAUGUUAUACAGCCGCUGCAGUCCAUCCCUGCUGAGAAAAUCAUGAAGAAGCCCAUCCCCGAUGAGCACCUGGUCCUGAAGACCACAUUUGAGGGGCUCAUUCAGAAGUGCUUAGCUGUAGCUACCGACCCUCAAACUAAGAGGAAGCUUGAUGAUGCCAACAAACGCCUGGAAGCGCUCUACGACAAACUCAGAGAGCAGACGCUCUCUCCUGCCAUUGUAGGAGGACUUCAUAACAUAGCCAGGAGUAUAGAGUCCAGAUCCUACGGGGAGGGCCUCAACAUCCACACCCACAUAGUCAGCAACAGCAACUUCAGCGAGACGUCAGCGUUUAUGCCCGUACUCAAGGUGGUGCUGACACAAGCCAACAAACUCGGGGUCUGAUCGGGCAGAAAAUCCCAACUCCAAACUCCUCCGAGUCUUGGACGGCGGAGAACGACUGGUCAGGGGUCGAGCUUGUUUCACAGGGAGCUGCAUUUGACUCACAGCGCAAAUGACGAAGAAUUUUGAGAUGUAUGAAAAUCCUGUUAAAUUCUUCUUCGUGCCAUUCAUGUUUUCUGACACAACUCAAACACAAGCCAUGCUAUCAGUUGCACUCAGUGGUGAAAGUAAAUUCUGAGCCCUGUGCAAACAAACGCACACAACAAAUAAAGGGCUAGAGACUGUUUAAUUCAAGUACCACCUUAAUCUACCAACAUGCUAACAAGUUCCACUAAACAUUUGUUUUGAAAUCAAACUUGGAUGUAGAAAUAAAUAUAAAUAAAUAUGGAAAAACCUCAUUUACAGACCGGUAUUAAUCAGGAAUGAAAACAAAAAUAGGAAAAGCAAUAGGAGAUUUGGGAAUUUUAAGGGCAUUUCUAUCCACUUGUGUUGAGAUGAUCAAAAUAAAUGUAGUCAAUUUAAAGAAUAAAGUUCUUCUCAAUGAAUUAAGUAUUAAUAGCAGACUGCUGAUACAGCAGUGCAGCAUGCUUUUAGCUCACAACUGCGCGAUCAUGCAAACAACAAUUAUUUAAGAAAUAUUAGCUUGUUCAUCUUUAUAGUCUGUCAAUAUUUGUGCACUACAAUAAUGCUCAGAUACCUUAUAAUCCAUAAACACAUAGAAUUUCCUCUUUAAAGUACAAAAUCAUGCUUUAUUUUUACAUAUAAAUGCAUCGUUGCCUGCAUGCACUUUGCAGUAGACCUGCAAAUGAAGCUACAGAUAAGUGAGAGAUUAUAGAGAAGAUGUCCAUUUUAACAGCAAGAGACAGAAUAUGGAUUAAUUUAAAAACAGGCAUAUCAGAUUGGCCGUCAAAACCAAUAGACCAAUAUUAAAAUUGACGCUUCAAGUGCCAGUUUAUUUAAAAUGUGACUAAUAUGACUUUUGUUAGUACUCUAAACCCCUCUUUCUGCUUUUACUGGCUUACUUUCACCCCUGGUGUCACUACAUACAACACGUUGGACCAAGAUGUUGUCAGUGUGUGGGAUAUGUCAAUGCAAAGCAAUGCAGUCCCAUUUGUUGAGGAUGUUUAAUGUUGUUUUAUUUCAUUUUAUUGUUUGUUUUUUUUUCAGUGUAAUCAUGAGGCUCAGCAGAGUGCAAUGGACUUUUAAAAAGAGACAGUGCUUUUAUGGAAUUUUAAAGUAUGCAUGCUUAAACAAAUGCUAGCAGUCGUCUUUAAUGGCAUUCGAGGUAAUUGUCUGCUAAUUAAUCAGACCUCAGAAGGAAACUGGAAGAAGACUUGUUCUUGAUUUUCAUUCCAACUAUGAUGAGGGCUGUAGUCUGAGUGGUCAACCUCAGUUCAUGUUGUUAAUAAAGGAAAACAAGACUUUGUUUUAGAUCGACUACAUGCAAUAUUUUCAAUAAAUAGUAUUUAUUUACAA